AUGCUAGAGGCUGCUGUGAAGCCAUUACCUUAUGUUUUUCCUGCAAGAAAUAUUUCUCUCAAGUGCAUGCAAGACACUAAUGAAUUCCUUUCUGAUCUGAAUUCAGUGGAUCCCAAAGAGUACGCUCUAAGAAUGUAUGACUCCGUCGGGAAGCUUGGGAGCAAUGUUCUUAACGGAAAUGUGGACAGGCUGGGAUCUUACAGUGAAUGCCUCUCCACCCACGCCCCCUCGGGGAGCUUCUGGGGGCAGUACUGCAAGCUUCACAUCCUGGAGGAUGGAGCUGACUACAGUGUGGGCGUGUGUGUCCCUGAUUCCUGUGCUGAAGACGAUGUGACUGCGCUGUCUCAGCUGGAUACUUUAAGAUUCAGAAAUGCUUCAUUUUUGGCCCCUUCUGUCUCUCUCUUUACAAUAAAUUCUUCCUCUUCGUCUGGUGGGGGUGUGGCAAGAUGUGCUACUGGAAUGUUCCCUCUCGACACAUUUGUCGCCGUGUGUCUGUUCCUCACCUUGCUGGGCCACGCCCUUCCUCUGGCUGGAACUGUCUAUGUGGCAGCCACAGGCAUGCAGCUUCUCAGGGAGCUGAGGGGAGCCAGGACACAAGGUCGCCUGGUGGCUCGGGCACUGCUGAUUGUGCUGUGGCAGAGCCAGUUCCUGCGGCUGUGCCACGUGCCCCUCUGUUUUCAUACCUGUGCCUUGGCCGGAUUUCUAGGAGCCGUGGACCGUGCUCUGAGAUGCUUUUCUUGGCAGAAGAAUGUACCGGCCAUCUGGACUACGAAGAUGCCAGGAAGCACAUGCUCAGCACUGAAUGGCAUCCGAGUCGUGAGCCUCCUCUGGAUCAUGUCGGGGCACACCAGUCAGAUGACCGCGUGGCUGUCUCUGGAUAAUGUGCUUGAAUGGAAAACCAGAGUGCUUAAAAACCCACUGUACCUUUUUUCUCGGAGUGGCCCAUUCUAUCUUGGGGUUGACACAUUUUUCCUGAUCAGUGGUUGGUUAAGUGCAAGGUCAUUUUUAAAGAUGCUUCAGAAUUCAGACAAGGGAAUAACUGCUAAUCUCAUACUCAGAUACUAUUUCAAUCGCCUUACAAGCUUGCAGUCUCUUCACUUGUAUUCAAUGUGCCUGUUAGUUGGAUUGUUCUCCCUUGUUCCCUGGGGACCCGUCUGGGAAGUGCCCAAGUUCCACCUGGAUAACUGCCGGGGAGCAUGGUGGACCAAUUUGCUGCUGCUUACUAAUUUCUUGUCGGUCCAGAAUGCGUGCAGUGGCUGGACGUGGUACCUUGCCAGAUUCCAGUUCCAUCUCACGACGCCGGCGAUCACCUUCAUCUAUGGAAAAAGUAAACACGUCCUUGUCCUCCUCGGGGCCAUGCUGUUCUUGGCGUCUUUCACCGCCACUGCUCUGCUCACACUGGAUUAUGACCUUCCGGUCGCAGCUCCGUCAGAAGCAAGUGAAAAUGCAACUACGUUGUAUUUCUUGGAGUACUACACUAAGCCCUACUGCUGAUUUGGGCCAUUCCUCGUGGGCCUCUUUCUGAGCAUUUUCAUGCACCAAAACCACCAGGCAAACAUUCUCAAGACCAAGGUGCAGGCUCUGCAGGGGUGGAUUUGCUCCCUGUCUACCCUGUUCGCGGUGGUCGCUCUGGCGUACGCAGUGGACGACACCUCCGCCACCUCUUCAGCUGCCGCUGCUCUCUACCAGGCGCCCCACCGGACCCUGUGGGCGGCGGCCGUGGGCUGGGUGGUGUUUGCCUGUCAGGAAGGCUAUGGAGCUCUGGUAAACCGGCUGCUUUCUUGCACCAUCUGGAGUUUCCUGGGCAGCAUCAGUUACGCUUGCUGUUUGGGGCAGCCCUUCCUCAUGGUCCUCUACAACGGCCCUCAGGAAACGCUGCUUCACUACACAGACACCAACACGUUCUAUCUUUUCUCUGGACACUGCUUGCUGACCGUCAUCACUGGGCUGGCCCUGAGGCUGUUCAUUGAGAAACCAUGUCAGGACCUGAAGGCAUGCCUUCUGGGAUGA